AUGAAUGUGCCCCCGUCCCUAAAAUUCCAGGGAUGUGCUAUGCGAGCGAGUGGCGGGCUUUCCGAGUCGGACAGGUCACCAGUCAUGGUGUUCGACAUGCAUGAAGAGCGAUGCCUCGGAAGAGCGAUUCCAUUCGGGCCUAGAAGACCAACAAAACUGAUGACAGCGUGGCCUGAGAAGACGCGUCCUGAAGGGAGCGAAAGACUCGGUCGCAGCCUGAGACAGGGAAAUCUGGAGCUUCGAAUUGGCAAGGCUACCAACAAGACUCGCACGCUCAGAAUUUGGAUGAUGCCAUCGGCCAUUGAAACGGCCCCCAUUGGACACAAGUUGACGUAUACAGGCGCAGCGUUACGACCUACGAACCGCAAUGGGCCAAGCAGAGUUGCGGUUUCGACGACGGCCCAACAUUCUACACGUCAUUAUCUGAUGCUUAGCAAGUCGGCGGAGAAAAGCAUCGAUCGAGUUCGCAUGAAUUUGAAAGAUCGUGCCGAAGGAGACACUGAGAAAGGUAUCCAUACUCAGUUUCAAUGCAAGGUGACAGAGGCCGCUCCGGUGGCUGGUAUUGGGGAAGGGGCGCCACGGGUGCUGCAGCACAGAUUACACGACAAAAAUGUGCUCGUAAGCCCACUUGAGCUAGAGUUCACCGCAUGCAAGCGAACACUCGAGUUCGUGUGCUAUUACCAGGAGAAGGAAUUUGGAGCGCAGUUCAUAUAG